CUGAAGUCGUCGACAUUUGUUAAAAGAUUAAAACUUUUUUAAACUAUCGAAGUAACUUUUUUUGCGGUGUAAAAAGUUUUAAUAACAUUAACAUCAUGGUAGAACCUAAAUAAACUGUUAAAAAUUAAGUUUAUGUAAAGUUUUUUGUGAUGUUUCAACUUGUAUAACUGUUUAUUGUUUUGUGUAGGUGGCUAUCUAUGUGGAUCGGUUUGUCCCAUUGUGAAAGUGUAUUUUCGCAUAAAAUUUAGAUCCCAUUGUUCAAAUCAUUCCGGGUAACUGCUGAGAAAAUGCCAAGUUUGUGUCUUGCGUAAAAUAUAAGAAGUAAAUUGUUUGAGUGUAGUGUAUUGAUGGUGUGAUAUAUGAGUUUUCAACUUUGUAAAAACAUCUCCGGUGUAAAUACAAAAUGAAUAUACAAUCGCAAGAUAAUAUCAGAAUUAUAUCUUCAGACGAAGGCGGCGGCAGUUCUGACUCCAGGUCGGACAGCAGCGAGGACGAGGUGACGGAACACGUAACCCCAACUCCAACGAUGGCCGCCGCCAGGGCACAGGUGCCCACGAUAAGCGUGACGCCGCACAGUCCAGGCGUGCUCGACGACAGCCUCCAACAACUGCGACGGUUGCAUGCUGCGGUGCAACGCAUGCGAGCGGCGCCGUUGCCACUUCUGGCAACAGGUACCAGUCGCUUAAGCACUUCAUGUCCAUCACUUUGCAAAGAUGGCGUCGUGGAGCCGGAGUGCUCAUCGCCCACACACUUGGAUUUUUACCCGCAAAGUAGAAAAGGCAGUUGUGAAUCCCGUCAAUGGGGUAUAUGGGAGCGACGUGAUGAAGGUCGCAGAAGCUCGUGGGCGGCGCUGGAGCCCGGGGCCAGGUUACAUGACACUCAAAGACAGCGCAGUACUCUCAAUGGACACAGCGCUUCGCUAUCUUCCAUGGAGUCGGAGAGCGAAGUUCCACGACCAGUGCGACACUCGACACACUCGCUGAAUGACAAUGAUCUCGCUAAGGAGUUCGAGAAGGUGACGGCGGCGCUGCGCGCGGCGGCCGGCUCGCCCGCGCCCGCCGCCCGCCUGGCGCCGCGCCUGCCGCUGCAGAAGUCCGUGUCCACGCCCAGCAUCGUGGCCGCCGUGCACCCCGCGCAGCCGCCGCCGCCGCCCAACGCCCUGUCGGCCGGUGGUGCGAGCGAGACGGAAAGCGACGAAGACGCCUCCGCGGCGACCGUCGGUGCCACCGCACAAUUACCCGGCAGAAGGAACAAUACCCACCAAGAACAUCUCGGAUUGCAUCGGUUGGCCUUCUUGGAACAGGCGGCGUACGACCACCACGCCGAGAAGCGACGGAAACGAGGCAGCUUGUUCUUCAGAAAGAAGAAGGACAAGUCGCGCAAGGCGGCGCACGCGUGGCAGGCGGCGCCGCCCGCCGGCCACUGCGACUGGUGCGCGCGCGCGCUGGCCGACGCGCCCGCGCUCUACUGCGACCAUUGUACCAUGACAGUACAUCAGAAUGUAUGCAAAGAUUACAUCGUGGAAUGCAAUAAACCUAAAUCUUCGAAGACUUCAGUCGGUAAAUCUCUAACAGCCAGCAGCGGGAAGAGCAGCAAGCGUAGUUCUGUGUCUGGUCAAUCGCAAAACUCAAAUAGCACGAGCCACAUUUAUAAUGACGAGAAGGAUGGAUCCGAUCACAAGCAUGAUCAGAGCAAUGCAUCCGAUGACGCUGGUGCCACAGAAUGGCCAGAGGUUUAUAUAACUCCCGAUCAACUCGGCGAGGAGGCUAUCCUGCUUGGAUUAGGGGCUUCCGAACCCGAUACCUGGGCAGCGGGCGCGCCUAAGGGACUUGCUAAAUCGAUUGGCGACAGAGAGACAAAGCGGCAGGAGCACAUAUACGAAUUAAUAUUGACGGAAAAACAUCAUUGUCUCACAAUACGACUCAUGCAAAAGAUGUUCGCGGAGGGCAUGUCGCGGCUGGGCGGCGUGUCGGAGGCGCAGGUGGCGCGCAUGUUCCCGCGGCUGGACGAGCUGUGGGCGCUGCACGCCGCGCUGCUGGCCCGCCUGCGCGCCCGCCAGCGCGCCGCGCCGCGCGUGGCGUCCGUGGCCGACAUCCUCGCCGACACCUUCGCGCCGCCCGCGCACCACCGCCUCAAGGCCGCCUACGGCGAGUUCUGCGCCCGUCACCGCGACGCAGUGGAGGUGUUCAAGGAGUGCUGCGCGCGCGAGCCGCGAGUCGCGAGGUUCAUACGCAAGUGUCAGCAGAACCCGCUGCUCAGGAAGAAGGGUGUACCUGAAUGUGUGUUAUUCGUAGCACAGCGACUCACGAAAUAUCCCUUGUUGCUUGAGCCACUGUUGAAAACGGCCGGCGAUGACGUCACUGAAAGAGAAUUGUUACAAAAAGCCCUAUGCGGAGUUAAGGAAAUCUUGGUGGAUGUAGAUAACCAAGUCGCAGCUAAGGAAAGAGAGGACAGGAAGCUGGAGAUAUACCACCGUAUCGACGCGAAGUCUUUCUCCAACUUUCGCGGUAGGAAGUUCAAGAAGAGUGACAUACUUCAAGGCAAUAGAAGUCUUAAAUUCGAAGGAGUCGCAACGUUGAUGCAAGGACGGAGCAAGAUGCAGACACUGCUCGUGAUUGUUUUGACGGACGUGCUGUUCUUCUUGCACGAUAACAACAAUAAAUAUACGUUCUUCACGCCGGACAAUAAAACGGGCGUGGUGUCGCUGUGGAAGCUGCUGGUGCGCGAGAAGGCGGGGGCGGAGGGGCGCGGCCUGUACCUCAUCUGCAACGGUCCUCCCGAGCCGGAGAUGUUCGAGCUGCGCGUGCACCGCCCCAAGGACAUCGCGCACUGGAUACACGCCGUCAGAGCCGCAGUACAAAGCUGCCCAGAAGAAGUUGAAGAAUCGGAAGCGGGUGUGACGGCGACAUCUGCUGAAGAGAGACAAAGACAGCUAGAAGCGAGGCACGAGAAUAUAAGACUGAUAACUGAUGAAACCGCUUGGUGGCAUAUCGAAGAGGCUUUGAGAGCUAAAGACAGAGAGCACGCUCAACUUCUCGAAGAAAAAAUGGCGUUACACAUGAAGAUGGUCGGUCACACCGGAUCUUCCACGUUGGAUGUACCACAUACAGGCACGUCGUCCGCGUUCCCCGGCGGGCUCGUGUUCCCCGACUACGUGCGCCUGGCCGCGCCCUCGCCCGACACGCACGCGCUGUGGCAGGAGGUCUGCAAGGUCGUCAAGGAGGCGCUGGAGGCGUCGUCCGCGGGCUGGUCGCUGUGGGCGGGCGGCGGCGCGCUGGGCCGCAGCACGAGCUCGGCGGGCGAGCGCCACUCCGCGCACUACACCAGCCCCGCGCUGCCGCGCCGCGCCGACACCUUCGCCGGCUUCGACGCCGCGCAGCACCGCGGAGUUCAGAUGUCAGUCCGAAUGUCAGCAUCGGACACGCCCACCGCAGAGGGGGGUGAGGGGGAGGCCGAGGGGAAGAAUUGUCGCGACGAGGCCGACGUGGCGCUUAAGUUGCAGCACGCGAUAUACACGCUCGCCUGUAUCGUGUGGCAGCAACUGACGACUAUACACAGCCUGGAGGCGCAGGUGUGCGCGUGGCGCGCGGGCGCGGGCUCGGGGCUGGCGCGCGCGCACGACGCGCAGCUGGAGGAGCUGCGCCACGCGCAGGCGCGCCUCACCGCCGAGCGCGCCGCCUGGGAGGCGCAGCGCGCGCUCGACAACGACGCGCUCGACCGCGAACGGAGGCAGCUGCAGGCGGCGAGGAAGGAGUUGGAGGAGCAGCAAAAGGACGUCGAGCAGCAGAGGGAGCGACUUUACCGACGCCUGGAGCGACUGCAGCAGCACGGUGGUUCGCAAGAAGAAAUCGCAAGUGUCGGGACCCUGUCACCCGAUUCCAGCGUCAGCGAUACGAACAGACGGAAAGAGCCAAAAUGGAGAACCAGCCGCGGCUCGUCGUCGUCGGAGGGCGCGUGCGCGCCGCCGCCGCAGCUGCUGUCGGCGCACAACGAGACGCGCGCCACCGUGCGGGCGCCCGCGCAGCAAGUGGUUAAGCAGCAGCUCCCGCUGAAGCUGGCGAGCAGUAAGAGCCAGCAGGCGCCACCCGGCUACCAUCGCCUGCACGAGUCGCCGAGCGAGGUAAGUCAGGGCCUUGUGAUCCAUCACACUCGCACAGGCAGCUCCCCCGCACCGCUACCCUCUCAGCAGCAGCAGCAGCUCAACAACAAGGCGACCAGAACAAAUACGUACCCCAAGCUGCCGGAUAAGUUCCGCGUGCGCGCGCCGGACUCGUCUGCGCACGCGCACGCGCCGUCCCCCGCCGCGCCCGAGGAGGAGGUCAUCUACUUCUGACACGACGCUCCCGCUUCCUGAGAUUGCCUCAUCUCCUGAGUCCUUCCACCCUAUCCACACCUUCCUUGACCACCCUAUCUCCUCUCUUCUCCCUCUCGUCACCUCCCCACUCCUCUCUUCUUCCUACCACCUACCUCUUCCUUCCCGGCCCCGACUAGAUACAUUAGUAUCCACUUGGUUCAUAAUAGAAUACUCUCUAGUUUAGUAGCUAUGUUGAUGUUUGUGUAUUAGUUGAGUAGAAAAAGAAAUAAAAUUAAAUAACUUACUUUGAAAUCAAUUAUAAUAUACUUUAUAUUUAUUAUAAAGUAUAUAUAGUAUUAUUAUUUGAAAUUAUAUUAUAUAUAAGAAUAACAAAAUAUUUUGCAGUUAAAAUUAUACGUCGAUGGAAACGGAAAUAUCAUUUAGCGUUUUGGAAUGUAAACUAAUAACGAAGCUAAACCAACAUUGUAUUUAAUGAGGUUAGUAAAGCAAUUGAGAUUUAAUCGAGUAUAUACAUUAACAACAAUUAUAUGUAACAUAGAAAAGUUGAUAGAACCAAAAAUAACCAAUUAGCUCUUGAAAAAACAUUUGAAAUAAAUCAGUGGUUCUUAUAAUAAUAAAUGUUGUUGAUAAUGGUGUUACUAUCUCAAAAAAAAAAACUAGGGAAUUAAUUACCUAUUAUUGCUAUCUCUUUCUCGCGAGUGAGAUUAAAAGGGAUAACAAAUGUCUUGUCUUAACAGGUAACAGUAUAAUAAAAAUAUCUAAAUGUAUAUCAAAUAAGUAGAGUUGUCUGAUGUUUAAUAUUUAUCUCCUAAAACUUCGCGGUUCCUAUACGUAUUGAGCAGCUAAACGGUAUCUAUUUUUAAAGAUAAUUAUUAUUAAAUCUUCUAAACUUUACUAAUAAUAAAUAAACAAAAUAAUCCUAGUCAAAACCGUAAAGUAUAAACGUUUGAAGCAUAUUUUCUCGCGAUAAAAAUAUUCUACUCGAAAAGAGACCUUAAUUACAUUAUAUAAGAUUAGAAAUGGGUUAACACAGGUCGAAUUUUGAAAAUAUAUUAAUCUAUUUAGAAAUUGUUACAAUAUAGCGUGUAAAUAUCUUGUUGAGGAUUGAAAUUUAGCGUAGAGUAGAGAACAUUUUAAAAUAGAGGUAUAUAUGGCGCUAAAAGAACUUUAAAAAAUCUAAUUCUAAUGGCAACUAUUCGUUAAUUAAUCUGUGGGAUAUAUAUCAGAUAUUAUAUAUAUUAUAAAGAGUUUCGUCAAUCUUUUACCUAAAAUUUAACCGAAUUUAAUCUAAUAUUAAUAUUUGGGAAGUUAUUCUAUAAAUAUAUAUUUUAAGUGAAAUAUAAAUUAAAUCUAUUCUAAAUCAAUAAAAAAAUUAACAGUUUUAACAAAAGAUAUAUUUUAUCAAAACAGUAAAUGUCCAAUAUGUUUAGAAUGAAAAUAAUGUAUAUUAAUUGUUUUCUCAGUAUUUUUAAUCAAUGGGGAUGUAUAAGCAAUAUUGCAGAUCUUGUAAAUGUAUCCCAAUGUGUGUUGAAAAUUAAAUAAAUAAAUAUAUAAAAACACUUGUUACUAUUAAAAGUUUGUAACAUAGUAAAAUUCUUGCACGCAGUUUUAAUCUAAAUAUAACAAUUAUAUGUCUACAAAUAAAGCUUUAUAUUUUUAAAAUUACUACAUAUUUAAUAAUUAUAUAUAAAAUAACACUAUUUUCUUUUAUCUUUACACUUUGAAAGAAAUUAAAUUUUUAAAUUCGUAUUUAAUAAGAGCAAGUCACAUAUGAGCUUAUUUUGACUCUUAUCGUGACGGAAUAAAGUCUAGAAUAAAUCAUUGUCGACUAUAUAAUAAAAUUAGCACAAUCAGAUAACAAAUAUAUAUUUGCAAAGUUAUUGUUCUAAUGAAACUACAAAAUGCAGUAAAUGCUAUCUAAUUGUACUGAUUCUCUGAAUUAUACUGUUCGUUGUAAAUAUGUUGAAAAUUAUUACUAUUUGUAAUACAAUGUUAUAUUCGAUAAUAAAAGUAUUUUACUCUUACUGAGGGUGGCAAUUGAAUGUUUUCGCGUAAAUUGUUCGUAUUUUUUUAAUGCUAUGAAGUAAAUCGUCCUUAUUUAUGCACAUUUAUUUGUGCUAUUACAAAAGAUAUUGUUUGUGGUCAUGGCGGGAAAAGUUAAAGAUUGGAAGAAUGGUUAAAUGAGUUCCAUUCAUGAAUGAUUAGAUUGAAUGACAUACAAUUGCUAGUCUUACGCAUUUAAUCUAAGAUUGUUUGCGGAUAUUCUGCGUUGAGACGAGAGUCAAGAAGUAGUAAGAGAAAUAUUUUAACUUAAAUUCAAGAUUUAUUUAAAUAUUAGUUGGAAUAUCUGCAAGCAAGUUGUUAGCUCACAUAGUAUAUCGUUGUUACAAGAACUCAAGACUAUGUAACUAUUUUUCGUGAAUUUACUGUAAUCCUUUUUAAUGUUUAAUCUUUGAGAAUGGUGAUAUUUUAAACUAUUGUCUCGUUUAGGACACCUUUCGUACUGUAAAUAUGUUGACGUUGAUGUUUGAAUAUAUUAUGUAAGAUAUGUCUUGAAUAUUAUAUAAUAUAAAAAAAACUUAAUCGGUUAUAGUAAAUUGAAAUUCUUGCAUUUUUUAAAUUGUGAUUCAUUGCUCUUCGUUAGUAAAGCAAAAAAAAAAAAACGUAUCGUGCGUCGUCAGAAAAUCUGACAACAAACAUCAUGACAAUAAGUAAAUAUUCUAUUUUACCGAUUGGUGGAGAAAAUGUUCUCAUCUCUAUAUAUUUUAUGCGUAUUAUUAAAAAAGAAAAGAAACAUAAUUAGGCUAAUACUUGAAUCAGAUGAGGGCUUCGUUUAGUUUAAUUUCUCUUCAGGCAUCAAAACGGCCAAAUGUAAUGCAUUUAUAUUAAUCGUUCCUUAUAUAACAUUCUACUCGAUGGGUAUUUUUUUUCUAUUAGAAGUGUAAGCAUAAUAUUGCAUUUAGUUUAAUAUGAUAUGUGUAACACGUAAUUGGUUACAAUAAAUAAGAGGGUAGUUGUACAAACGAUAUCGUGCCAACUAUAUCCGUGUUUUUUAUUUGUACGUACGUAAUAAAAUGGAGGCCCUAAAAUUCGAAUAUUUGGCGAAGCGAAUGAUUAUCUAUGUUAAAUGUAUCCUUUCAAUUCACGAUUAAAUAUUAAACAAAUGUUCUUUAUAAAUACAUGAACUUUAGACUUUUUACUCACAAUUAAUUCACAAAGUCUUAAGAAUAGUCAGUAAAAAUUUUGCAAGCGUAUCACAGUAUUCUUUGUCGCCGACAAAUUAAUGUAGAUUUACUUUAGUGAGAUAAAAUAAUGUUUAAAUUAGACCUUAAGUGUAUAAGUUUCGCGGCAAUAUUUAAGUGUUAUGUUAGCUUUAAAUUAUAUUUAUAAUAUUUCCUUAAUGAUUAUUUAGAAUCCCUCCAAUUUUCUUUAUUGUGGCAACGACAAUACUUUUAUGUAUUGCUCAAUUAUGCUCAUUUUUACCCUUAUAUUUAAUUGAUAUUAAUCAUUCUAUUGUAUGUUUGUAAGUUUUAAUGAUUCCAGGCUAGCUUCUUUUAAUUUUUAUUUCUUUGUCGACAUGAUCUGUGUCAGUUUGCAGAAUCUGCCUGAUGUACUUAGAAUAGAUGAAUGAAAUAAACAUUUACCUAGAAUAA